AUGUAUGCUCGCCUGUCCCCUCCCUGUGCGGUCAGGCAACACUCCCAGGCGCAGAGGCGGAAUCCCAAGAAGAAGAAAAAGAAGUUUGAGCUCAUGGAGGAGGUGGAGGUGACGGAGCCCGAGGAAGAGUUCGAGAGGGAGCAAAGCAUCCACGACAUACUGAAGAGCGGCUUCUCCGAUCUCUUCCACGCCAAGCGGGACGACAUCGCACAAGCCAAGCCACGGGAGCUCGAGGACUUUGAUUCACCGACCCAAAGCCGAGGUCUCGGCCAAGGCGACUCCUCGAAGUACGAGGAGCUGCAGGUGAUGAGCCCCCUGAGCGACACCGAAAAAGCCUCCUCUGCCGAAGAGGUCCUGGACGAGAACCAGGCAGAUCCGUUUCGGAUCAUCGGAGACGAGGCAGAUUUGGCGGUUCUGGCAGCUGUUGACUGGGCGAUGGUGGUCGCUGCAGGUGAGGCCGACACGGAGCCACCAAUGUCACCCAUGUCGGUGCGACAAGUGAGCACGAAUGAUGGCGCGUCUUUGCCGGGCGAGGACAGUCAGGAGCUGCAGCGCUAUUCCUCCAAACGAAGCGUUCCGUACCGACCGGAGGCAGCGGUGAGGCACACAAGGAAUCCCAGUUACAAGAGGACCGCAACCUGGCAGAGGCAGAAACCCGUUGAGGACCGAGGCGAUGAGGAGCGUCAUGGGCGUGAGCUUAGCUUUGCCACCUGCAGCGAGCUGGCCAAGAAGCACAGGUUGACUGUCGUGCAGGUGAGGGAAACUUUGGAGGAAUAUCUCCUCCUGGACAAGAACAAGGACGGACGCCUGUCCUUCGACGAAUUUGAGCAGGCGAUUCGCGACCGUUGCGCCAUACCGGUCGGUCAAGUUGUUCCACCGCACCUCCUCAAUUUCAACUGGAACAAGGCUGACAGGGACGGCAAUGCCGAGAUUUGCUUCGAAGAGUUUUUAUUAUGGUCCACAGAGCAUGCCUUCACAGAAGAGCUGGUGGUGCAUGAUCCCCAGGAGCGUUAUCUGCGGGAGUUGGCCCGCAAACAUAACUUCACCCUCGACGAGGUCGAUCGAUGCCACAAGACCUUCAGUGCCUCAGAUGCCAACAGGAAUGGCUCCAUUGAGGAAACGGAGUUCCGUCACUGCGUGGCGUCUUUGUGGAAGUGCGAUUUGGAAGACAUCUCCCCCACGAGGCUGCGACAGUUCUGGCUCGAGGCGGACAAAGCCCGAAUGGGAAAGCUCAGCUUCGAGGUUUUUCUGGUCUGGUACAUGAGGCCCGGCAGAAGCAGGGAGCGCUGGCGAGGGCUCCGAGAGACUCUGGACCAGUCGCAGUUCUGGCCACGCAAGGUGAACUUCAUACUCACUGCCUACAGCCCACUGAAGUUGCAAUCGGACAUCCGCAGCCUUCUGGAGCCCGUGGGCCCGCAGCUGUGCAUUCGGCUGCUUUGCUGUGCCUGGCUCUUGCAGAGCGCGCUGAGCUGUGAUUGGAUGGCCCUGCAUGAUCUGCAUCUGCUGUUGUGUGGCUUGGGCUUGCCCUGCGAGUGGAGUAUGGUGUUGGUCAUCCGGCAACUCGUAUCCUUCUCUAUAAAUAUAUUCCCGCCUCCCUCGGUGCAUUGGUUGCGGGACUUGCUGGAUGGCGUUGUGAAGCCUUGGGAACAACCCAGCCGGCCACCUCGUGCCCACGAUCUGGAAAGGCUCCGGGAAUGGCUGCAGCGGAAUCUUUCGGAAGAGGUUUGGCCUUGGAAGCAGCUGGCUGGAACAACUCCUUUCUACGACGAUACGCUGAGCAAGAAGCACCAGAUGAAGUAUGCAGGAAAGACGGUCAAGGUGGCAACUUGGGUGCUCCUCACGCGUGAGCUCUUCGCUGAGAAGGCGGAAGGACGGCCUUUUCAGCCCAGGGCCGAGGCGUUGUCUCUUCGGGGGAAGGCCUGCUCUCUCAAAAAUCCCCAUAGGUGUUUUGACCGGCUUUUUUCUGUUUGA